AUGAAGACCGUAACGUUGCUGUUGCUUUCACUAGUGAAUACUGGCUUGCUAGCAACGUCAAUGAUUGAGGCUGCUGUUGCUGGUGUUGAUCUGGGUGGCGAGUUCUUCAAGAUUGCACUUGUUAAACCUGGUACACCCUUUGAAAUCGUUACGAACGUACACAGCAAGCGUAAGACGGAAACGAUGGUAGCUUUUGAGGGCGAUGAAAGACUCUAUGGUGCUGAUGCUGCUACUGUGGGUGUACGUCGACCUCAGACGGCGUACUCGCAGAUCCGCCGACUAUUAGGCACGACGUUGACUGACCCACAGGUCACAGCGUUACUUGAUGAAGAACAUUUUCCCUAUGAUUUGAUACAAAAUGCUACACGUGGUGGUACUAUUUCUCUUAAACAUGGAAAGAAACAGACAUUUCAUGCUGAAGAAUUAGUGGCAAUGGUGUUUGCUCAUGCAAGACAAAUUACCGACACUUUUGCUGAAGCACCUGUGAAGGAUUGGGUACUGACAGUACCCGCAUUCUUCUCUCAAGCACAACGUCAAGCGCUGCUCGAUGCGGCAGAGAUUUCAGGCGUGAGAGUGUUGUCACUUAUUAAUGAAAACACGGCGGCGGCUUUGCAAUUGGCGGUGCACGCGAGUUAUGACCCGAAUGAUAAACCAAAGAAGAUUUUGUUUUACAAUUUGGGAUCAACUUCUUUACAGGUAAGCAUUGCCGAGUUUUCUAGCCAGGUAGUACCUGAUGGAUUCAAGAAAAACAAGACCGUUUCGACGUUUCAGACUAUUAGCAAUGCUUGGGAUGAGUCGCUUGGUGGAGCCAAAUUUGACUUGCGUUUGGCCGAAUACUUGGCUAACGAGUUUAGUGAGAAGAUUGGAGAGGAUAUUCGCAAGGUGCCUCGUCCGAUGGCAAAAAUCCGUGCACAGGCAAAGAAGACGAAGACGGUGCUGUCGGCCAAUGAGCAAAUUCCCGUGGUGAUGCAGAGUUUGUACAAUGACAUUGACUUUUUCACCACCAUGACUCGUUCGAAGCUGGAAGAGCUAUCGUCUGAUCUGUUAAAACGCACGCUCAAACCUGUCGAGAUGGCUUUGGAGAAGGCAGGACUGACUGUUGCAGACAUUGAUGAGAUUGAGCUCAUUGGUGGCGGCGUGCGUAUGCCAAAGAUCCAGGAACAGCUUUCCGAGUUCUUUGUUGGCAAGGACCUAGGUGUACACUUGAAUGGAGAUGAGGCUAUGGCUUUAGGUGCUGCUUUUCGUGCUGCCAAUUUGAGCAACUCAUUCCGUGUACGCCAGGUAGGAAUGGUGGACAUUGCGUCGUACCCGAUUGGUGUGCGCCUGAUGGAUCUCCCUGCUGCUGGUGAGAAAAAGAAGCUCGAUGACAAGGACGAGGUGGAAACAAAGCAGUGGACAAAGCGUGCGUCUAUCUUUUCAGAGUCUCAUCGCCUGGGUCUGCGCAAGUCUGUGUCUUUCUUGCACUCGCGUGAUAUCUCCUGCACGUUCCGUUAUGACAAGCCGUCGAUGCUGCCCGCUGGUGUAAGCGUGGAUAUUGGCAAGGUCAAUAUCACGGGCAUUGAGAAGUUUGUUGUGCGCAUGGCCGGCAAGAACCUUGGUGAGCCAAAGGUCACGUUGUCUUUUGAGUUAGACAGCAGCGGCAUUGCUCGGAUUGCUAAGGCUGAAGCCACGCUGGAAGAGGAGGUGGAGGUUGAGGUGGUUGUAAAGAAGGAAGAGAGCAGCAAGAAACCAAAGGAGGACGGCAGCGCUGAUAGCAGCGAAGCUGAUAAGGCGGACGAGAUUGAAGAGGAAACGAAACCGGAAACUCGAAUGGAAAAGCAGACGAAAACGCAUCGCGAGAAACUGACUGUGGUGCGUGCGUACAAGACGCGCGACCCAGAAGUGGGCAUGAGUGUGUUGCCUAUGAGCGAGGAAGUCAAGAAGGAGUCUAUGCGUAUGCUGAACGAGAUGGAAAAUGCGGAUAACAACCGUCGGGCCAACUUGGAGGCCAAGAACAGCCUUGAGACUUCUAUUUACAACGCCCUUGACGCAUUGUCUGCUCAGGAAAACGAAAUAAGACAGGUGACGGUGCCUGAGCAGGUCGAGUCGCUGCAAAAACUGCUAUCGGAAACAGAGGAGUGGCUGUACGACGAUGGUGACAAGGUGGAGGCUGCUGCGUACAAGAAGAAAAUGGACAUGCUGAACUCGGAGCUUGGCGCAAUUCUCUUCCGUGUGGCUGAAUUGAAGGAGCUUCCCAUCGCUAUCAAUACUGCUCGGGAGUACGCUCUUAGUACGCGUAAGCUCAUGGACGACUGGGCCACAAGCAAGCCGCAGGUGACGGAGCAGGAACGCAGUGACGUGGUUGAAAAAUUGGAUGAGCUUGAUGUGUGGCUAACCGAAUCGGGAUCCAAGCAGAAGGCCUCUCCAAAACAUGAGAAGCCCGUGGUGACGUCUGCGGACGUUAUUAAAAAGGUCCAAGGUGUCAAGAAGUUUGUCGGUGCUCUAGCAAAGCGGCCCAAGCCAAUGCCGGUGAAGUCGGAUGGCAGCGACUCUGAUAAAGAUGGAUUGAAUGCUGAGAACGAGACGUUGGUUAAGGAUGGCGAGAGCGUAAAGGCUGAGGGGAAGAAGGAAGAGGAGACGAAAUCUGCUGACGAGAAGGAUGAAUUGUAG